AUGGCGGGGGCGACGGAGGCGGCCACCUGGGAGGAGAUGCUGCGGCGGAUGCUGCCGCCGGGUGCCGCCAUCCCGGAGGGCGCGGGGGGCAACCUCGACUACUCCAUCGCGCUCGAGUACGACGGCCCGCCCGUCGCCUACGAGGUCCCCAGGAUCGCCCCCGUCGACAUGGCCGACGUGCCCACGGCCGAGCCCGUCUCCGCCUCCUACGGGCUCCUCGGGAACGGCGGCGCCGCCGUGCCCGUCGCGCCCGUCUUCAGGCCGCCGGCGAGCCGGGCGCGCGCCCGGGCGGAGCCGCCGCAGGCCAGGGGAGGCGCGGGGCCGGCCGACUCGGCGCCGCGCGACGAGGCCUCCAGGCCGGCAGCCCGGGCGCGCCAGGAGCCGCCGUCGCCCGUGCAGGUCAGGAGGAGCUCAGAGUUUGCCCACUCAGGUCCCCGGAACGAGGGGUACUCCGACUCUGACGACGACUCCCGGCGCUCCGUGUCGCGUGAGUCUGCGCCGAGCUACCGGGGCCAGAGCGACGGCAGCAGGCGUGCCAUGGCUGCGCCGGAGGGGAGGAGGUCUCACGUGGUGACCUUCGGGCUGGCUGAUGAUAGCAAGUAUGACCAGAGCAGCGAGCUUGACGACACCAGGUCGGAGCAGUUUGUGGCAGUGACCAGGACGGAGAAGAGGGGGAAGACCUGUGACCGGUGCGGCAAGAGGAAGUGGGAGAGCAAGGAGUCGUGCAUCGUCUGCGACAAGAGGUACUGCGGCUACUGCCUGCUCAGGGCCAUGGGAUCGAUGCCGGAAGGCCGCAAGUGUAUCACUUGCAUUGGCCGGCCGAUCUAUGAGGGAAAGAGGUCGAAGCUAGGGAAGAGCUCGAGGAUACUAUCACGGCUGCUCAGCUCGCUGGAGGUAAGGCAAAUCUUGAAAGCCGAGAAGGAGUGCCAGGCAAACCAGCUCCGGCCCGAGCAGCUCAUCGUCAAUGGCUUCCCUCUUUGUCAAGAAGAGAUGUCAGACUUGCUUAGUUGCCCAAGGCCUCCUCAAAAUCUGAAGCCUGGAAGAUAUUGGUAUGACAAGGAGUCUGGCUUAUGGGGAAAGGAAGGGGAAAAGCCAAACCGGGUUGUCAGCACUAACCUCAACUUCAAUGGAAAGAUUCAGCCCAAUGCUAGUAAUGGCAACACUCAGGUUUAUAUGAAUGGAAGGGAAAUUACCAGCAUCGAACGGAAAAUUCUGAAGUUUGCACAAGUUCAAUGUCCCCGCGAUACUCACUUUUGGGUCUAUCAUGAUGGUGGAUAUGAGGAAGAAGGCCAAAAUAACAUCAAAGGGAAGAUAUGGGAGUCACCUUUGACACGUUUUGUGUGCACCUUGGUUUCACUUCCGGUGCCUCCUGCAAACUCUGUUGAGCCCAGAGAUGAUGCUCCUUAUUCAGCAAGAACAGUGCCCGAAUACUUAGACCAAAAAAGAAUACAAAAACUUCUUAUUCUUGGAUCACCUGGAGCUGGAACAAGCACCAUAUUUAAGCAGGCUAAGUUACUAUAUGGAAGCAGAUUUACCCCAGAAGAACUUGACAAUAUCAAACUAAUGAUCCAAAGCAACAUGUUCAAGUACCUUGGGAUUCUGCUAGAAGGCCGUGAGCGCUUCGAGGAAGAGGCUUUGGCUGUAUCAAAUAACCCAAAUUCAGAGGAUGAGUAUACCCAACAAGAUGGAAAUGAAUCAAGUGGUUUAAAUUCCUGCAUAUACUCAAUAAAUGCAAAGCUGAAGAAGUUCUCAGAUUGGCUUUUGGACAUCAUAGCAAUGGGAGACCUAGAUGCAUUCUUCCCUGCAGCUACACGUGAAUACGCUCCAGUUGUUGAUGAGCUGUGGAAGCAUCCUGCCAUACAAGCAACAUAUAAAAGAAAGGAUGAAUUGUAUUUUCUCCCUGAUGUUGCUGAAUACUUCUUGAGCAGGGCUAUUGAAGUAUCAAGCAAUGAGUAUGAACCUUCAGAGAAAGAUGUCUUGUAUGCUGAAGGAGUAUCACAAGGAAAUGGAUUGGCCUUUAUUGACUUCACUCUGGACGAAAGGAACCCUAUGUCAGAACUCUAUGGUGACAGUCAUGACCCAAGCUCUCAGGCACAAAACAAAUAUCAGCUGAUUAGGGUCAACGCCAAGGGCUUGAAUGAGGGCUGCAAAUGGGUUGAAAUGUUUGAGGAUGUCCGCGCGGUGAUAUUCUCCGUAGCACUCAGCGACUAUGACCAGCUGGGAGCCCCUGCCAGUGGCAGCAGUAGGCGCCUUGAGAAUAAGAUGAUUCAGAGCAAGGACUUGUUUGAGGCCACAAUCAGGCACCCGUCAUUCCGCGACACACCAUUCGUCCUGGUGCUCAACAAGUUCGACAUCUUCGAGGAGAAGAUCGGGCGGUCCCCGCUCACCGCCUGCGAGUGGUUCAGCGACUUCGACCCACUCCGCACCCACAACAACCAGUCGAUGGCGCAGCAGGCCUUCUUCUACGUGGCGAUGAAGUUCAAGAACCUGUACGCGGCGCACACGGGCGACCGGAAGCUCUUCGUGUGGCAGGCGCGCGCCCGCGACGGCCCCACCGUCGACGAGGCCUUCCGGUACAUCAGGGAGGUGCUCCGGUGGGAGGACGAGAAGGAGUACGGGGGCUUCUGCCCGGACGAGUCCUUCUACAGCACCACCGAGCUCAGCUCCUCCCGCCUCGUCGAACAGGACUGGCAGCAACAUCCCGCCGCCGACCAGCGACCAGGGAGCGGCGCAUAG